UAUUUCUUCAGCUCAACUUGUUCACAUAAAAUUUACAGUGGCAAAGGAAAAUGAAAAAUAGUUAUUGGAAAAUUGAGUGCUACUGCAAGCUGAAAAUGCAAUGCACAUUAAAAUAAAAAGCUUAAGCUGUAGAUUGUUCAAUUGCUGCGCAAUAUAACCCAUCGAAAUCACAUUACAAUAAGGAAAACAGCAUUUUAGCUACUCCUAUCUAGAAAAAAGUAACAAAACCACAUAACAUAUUUGUAUACAAAAUGUUUGCACAAACGGAGUCAUAUAAAAACAACUUUUUGGAACACACAAAAGCUGCGAGGGAGGAGCGCGCCCUUGAGAAGAGGCGGGAAGAGGCUGCAAUUUUGUUGCAAGCUACUCUUAAAGGAUUCGCUGCCCGCAGAAAAUAUCAGAAAUGCAUAAUCAACGACUUCGACACCUUAUUUAUGAGUGGUCAUGGGGGCGAACAGGAGGAAAAGGAUACAGAGCUGCAGCCCGCUCUUAAUGUAUAUCCUGUGCUGCGUCGCUAUCUAACACAAAUCAAAUUGGAUAAAAACGAUGGGCGUAUGCGAGAACGCCUGGAACGCAUUUGCCGCUAUAUGAUCCGCGCAAUGGAAGCUGACAAUCCAAAAAUAUCCUAUGCCGCGUUGUGCUUGCACAAGGAUCGCAGUUUACCGUGGAUAGGACACAUAAAACAGCUAUUGGACAAUUGCAUGCAGUUGCUGCCAGAGCUGAAGCCAGAGAAUCAUGCAGACAGUAUAUCGCUUGCUCUGUUCUUACACACUCUUAUUGUGUUCACUGCGCCCAAGUCUUGGGCUAUAUUGCGAAAUGCCCAAUUUGAGCGGCUGCAGCCAGCUAUGCAGAAGAUCUGUUGUAACAUACAGGGACACUUGGUGCAUCAGGGAUUCUAUAAGACCAUGCGCAUUAUACUGCUUAAAGGAACCGCACGCGAAGAAUUGUCCGUCAAACCAGUGACGCUUGUGGCCAUAAUCACGCUCUGUCUGCGGCCGUUGAUAGAUGGAGAUUUCAGUCGCAAUUUGCUUUCACAAUUUCUAAGCGAAAUACUUUCAGUGCCAGCGUUAAUUUAUCACUUGCAUCAGAGCGUUCCGCAGUGCGUUGAGCAGUUCAGCUCGUUGUCGUUGCUAAAGCGUGCUGUUGGCAUAUCGGAGGACUUGCAGUGGUUCGAGGAGUUCGCUUCGAGCAUGUCGGGCACCAAAACGCUGGCUUUUUUGGGCAACAUUGUAAAUUUGUUCAAUAUAGAAAAUUUAGCAGAGGCCAAGAAAUUAGCCUAUCCGUUGCUGACUGAGACCGCCACAUCGCUGCUGGAACUAAUACCUAAUACAGUGACCACGAAGGGCGUGUUCACCCAGUGGCACGAGCUGCUAGGCUGGCACACACCCUGCGCAGAGCCGGCUCAAAAUCAGAAUGUGGCACUCAUUAAGAAACAGUUCCACAUGCUGUGGGAUCAUCGAUGCAUUAAGUUGUUGCUGGGAGACUUGCUAAAGGGAAUCAACGAAAACUACGAACGAAUCGAGUUUCACUCACCGCAGCAGCCAUCAACAAGCAAUUUGCUGCGUCGAGCGCUCGAACGCAGCUCCACAAGGGGCAGUGGCCUUUUGGCCACAGCCGCUGGCAAGCAACCGAAGGCACAAUGGCGUAAACUGCACAAUAGCGAUGUCGUUCAGGUGUCGCGUAUUUGUGCAAUGUAUUAUGCAGCAUUAAGCACACUCUCCCAGAUGAAGUUGGAUAUUCUGACGGGUAUUUGCUAUAAUGACAAUGUUUUGUACGACAUUUGGUUAUUGCUAACCUCAGUGGGACCCAACUGCGGCAUGAAGGAAUAUCUGGACCUUUUGCGAUGCGAGACAUCGACACAAAAGCCACAGAUAGCCAUGCUGAUGCUCUUUUGUGACUGCAUGACGCACUAUGUGACCAUUCUGGACGAGUAUGAGAUGUAUACCGAGCAGAAUCCCUUUCGGCUUAAUGACUACGUUAUGCUUACGUAUUUUCUAAAUAAUAUACUAUACAAGCUGAUCAAUGAUAAUAUUAUGGGCUCCAGAAACGUUGUAAAUAAUCCCGUAUUUGUUUCGCUUCACACACUGUUGCUUUGUCUAUAUCGUCGUGACUGUCGACGGCCCUUCACCCCCGCCAAUCACUGGCUCAUACCGGAGAUCAAGCCGUCGACUUUCAUUAAUGAUCUGGAGAAGGCCAAGCGUAACGCAAUGCUAUUGCUGGCCAAAAUGCCCCACAUCAUACCGCACGAAGAUCGCGUCAAGCUGUUCAGAAAGUUCGUGCAGAAUGAGAAAGCUGUGAUGGGACUGACGGAGAGUGCGUGUGCUUCGCCGCGAUCAGCGCUGAUUGUCAUACACCGGGAGCGGAUUGUUGAGGAUGGCUAUCGUCAGCUGGCCGCUCAGCCGACACAUGCACUGAAGGGGGUGAUUCGAGUACGCUUUAUCAAUCAGCAGGGCCUGCACGAAGCGGGCAUUGAUCAGGAUGGCGUUUUCAAAGAGUUCCUGGAGGAAACAAUAAAGAAAGUAUUUGAUCCGUCAUUGAAUUUAUUCAAAACCACCUCGGAUCAGCGGCUAUAUCCAUCGCCAAUAUCGUAUGUGCAAGACAAUCAUUUGCAGCUGUUCGAAUUUGUGGGCCGAAUGCUUGGCAAGGCGGUUUACGAGGGCAUCGUCGUGGAUGUGCCAUUCGCUUCGUUCUUUCUUUCCCAGCUGCUGGGCCAAACCCAGCAAGCCCUCUACUCUUGCAUGGACGAGCUGCCCUCGCUCGACAACGAGCUCUAUCGCAGCCUUACCUUUAUUAAGCACUACAAGCAGGAUGUGGCCGACCUAAACUUGACUUUCUCUGUGGAUCAGGAUGUCAUGGGGAAGAUAGUCACACACGAACUGCAUCCGGGUGGCAAGGCACGUGUUGUCAACGAUCACAACAAGCUGGUCUACAUCCACUACAUGGCCUAUUUCCAUAUGAACACCCAAAUUCGGGAACAAACACAGGCAUUCAAUCGUGGCUUUCGCAGCAUUGUCAACCCCGAGUGGUUGUCGCUAUUUUCUCCGCCGGAACUACAGCGUCUGAUUUCGGGCGAUACAGUGCCGUUGGAUCUGAAAGAUUUGCGUAAGCAUACGCAGUAUUACGGAGGCUUUCAUGACUCCCAUCGCGUUGUCGGCUGGCUGUGGGAUAUAUUGGCCAAAGACUUCACGGAGGAGGAGCGCAAACUAUUCCUUAAGUUCGUUACGAGUUGCUCCAAGCCUCCACUGUUGGGCUUUGCACACCUUGAGCCGCCGUUUUCCAUACGUUGCGUUGAGGUGGGCGAUGAUGAGGAUACGGGAGACACCAUUGGAAGCGUUAUACGUGGCUUCUUCACGAUACGUAAGAAGGAUCCGCUCAAUAGGCUGCCUACCUCUUCUACGUGCUUCAAUCUGCUGAAGCUGCCCAACUAUCAGAAGAAGUCAACGCUGCGGGACAAACUGCGCUAUGCCGUCAGCAGCAACACUGGCUUUGAGCUAUCCUAAAGCUGCUUCUGGAGGUGGAGCUACAUAUCAGUUAUGUAUUGGAGACUACAGGUUGGAGUCAUGGGUGUUAUAUCUAUUAUUAUCUAUUGUAUUCUCAUUGUUCGCGGUCCGAGAUUCUUGCUGAAAUGUUGUUAAAUAUUUAUUCUAAUCGAAAGGCCCUACUUUUUAUAUUUUUAUCAACAUUUUUUAUGUUGAAUUUUUAUACCUGUAAGUUUCUUGCAAUUGCGUAAGUGUACAUGUAUGUGAGUUUCUGUAUGUGCUUGAGCAUAUGUUGGUAUUUUAUAAAACAUACAUAAAAAAAAGAAAC